AUGGCUGUUCCAACUCGCCAUAUCCUCACAGCUACAUCCUUCUCUGCUGAAGAGUUCCAGAAGACACUCGACCUUGCUAUUGAUAUCAAGGCCAACCCACAGAAGUACGCCGGUGCUAUGAAUCAGAAGACACUUCUUAUGCUCUUCCAGAAGCCAUCCCUUCGUACACGUGUUUCCUUCGAAACAGGUAUGACAAAGAUGGGCGGCCACGCUAUUUUCUACUCUGUUGCCGAUUCUCCACUCGGUGCUAAGGAAACAAUCGCUGAUACAGCCCACGUUCUUGAGCGCAUGGUCGAUGUUGUCAUGGCUCGUCUCAACAAGCGUGCUGAUAUCCGCGAACUCGCUGCUAACUCUAAGAUCCCAAUCAUCAACGCUCUUGAUGACUUUGCUCACCCAUGCCAAAUGAUCGCUGACUUCCAGACAAUCCUCGAGAAGCGUGGCACACUCAAGGGCACAGUCCUCUCAUACUUCGGUGAUGUUGCUAACAACGUUACAUACGAUCUCAUGAGAACAUGCGCUCUCUUCGGCCUCGAAUGCCACGUUUGCGGCCCAGCUGAUACACACUACGCCAUCGAGAAGGAAGUUAUCGAUGAAUGCGAGGAACUCAACAAGAAGACAGGCGGCAAACUCCUCAUCACACACGAUGUUGCCGAAGCUUGCAAGGGCACAAACGUUGUCUACACAGACACAAUCAUUUCCUACCACAUUCCAAAGGAGGAGCUCCCAGAGCGCCGCCGCGUUUUCAAGCCAUUCCAGGUUACAAAGGAACUCAUGGCCCAGUGCGAGAAGGACUGCAUCUUCAUGCACUGCCUCCCAGCUGCUCGUGGCGAUGAAGUUACAGCCGAAGUUAUCGAUGGACCACAGUCCGUCAUCUUCGACGAGGCUGAGAACCGUAUGUGGGCUCAGAUGGCUCUCCUCAUCCACCUUAUCUAUGGCUUCAAGUAA